CCGGCGCCGUCUCCUCCCCAUCACCCGUGUGCGCCUCGGGCGGGGAUCGGUGCCCCGGAGCGCCAAGCCUGCGCGCUCCCCCUCCCGUGCCCCCCCACCUCCCACCGCCCAGUACCCGGCGGCGAUGAGACAGAGCGGCGCCUCCCAGCCCCUGCUGAUCAACAUGUACCUGCCAGAUCCGGUCGGAGACGGUCUCUUCAAGGACGCGAAGAGCCCGGGCUGGGGGCCGCUGAGCCCCGCGGUGCAGAAAGGCAGCGGGCAGAUCCAGCUGUGGCAGUUCCUGCUGGAGCUGCUGGCCGACCGCGCCAACGCCGGCUGCAUCGCGUGGGAGGGUGGCCACGGCGAGUUCAAGCUCACGGACCCAGACGAGGUGGCUCGGCGCUGGGGCGAGCGCAAGAGCAAGCCCAACAUGAACUACGACAAGCUGAGCCGCGCGCUGCGCUACUACUACGACAAGAACAUCAUGAGCAAGGUGCACGGCAAGCGCUACGCCUACCGCUUCGACUUCCAGGGCCUGGCGCAGGCCUGCCAGCCGCCGCCCGCGCACGCCCACGCCGCCGCCGCCGCCGCCGCGCAGGAAGGCGCGCUCUACAAGCUGCCCACCGGCCUCGCCCCGCUGCCCUUCCCUGGCCUCUCCAAACUCAACCUCAUGGCCGCCUCGGCCGGGGUCGCGCCCGCCGGCUUCUCCUACUGGCCAGGUCCCAGCCCGGCCGCCACCGCCGCCGCCGCCACCGCUGCGCUCUACCCGGGCCCCAGCUUGCAGCCCCCGCCCGGGCCCUUCGGCGCCGUGGCCGCCGCCUCGCACUUGGGGGGUCAUUACCACUAG